GUGAAAACACACACACACACACGCUGACACAGGCAUCACGAGGAGGACACGGUAAACACGGAAUAAUUGAGGCGGGACAAACGUCUUUCACAACAUCAUGAGGAAUCUUUCUUGAAGGUCCAGUCAAGGUGACACGGUGAAGUUUGUAGGAUGAGUGUGAAGAUGAAGAAGAGUGGGAUGGUUAUCAGAUGGCACAAGUCAUUCUCCAUCUUGGCUCCAUGGAGGAAAGGCAAAGAUGGAGACUCGGUGCUGGACAGUGCAGUUGUGCUGACAAAAAUGAAGCUGUUCAGCAACGUCUCUGAGAGACUUUUAAAGGUGGACGACUCUUCUUCCAGCAGCUCAACUUCAGCUUCAGAACAGAAGCUCUCACCGCACUCCAAAGGAUCUUUGGUGGACACUCUGUCAGGACGGCAUCAAUCUGAGUCCGGUGAGAAGUACCUGUCAGAGAUUUUGUCAGGCUCUCAGCUGACCAGGUUGUACAAGUUUCAGUCAGAGGACUCUGGAGUGGAAUUAUCAAGUGGCGCAAACUCUCCAUCCACUCCGACAGGCUCUGAGCAGAACUUUAUCGUCCACAGCCGUGAGUCCUCCUGUGACUCAUCUAAUUUAAAUUCUGACCCACCGACUCACUCGGACAAGCAAACAAGACAAGGACAGAGAUCUGCCAUUCCACAGCCAGAGAUUACCAGGAUGAGUAUACAAGACAACAUGCUUACGCCUUCAAAUCAACUCAGCCGUUCAGCCUUGGAAACAGACCUGCACACUGGCGAGGUCCUGGAAAUGGAUCAGUGUGGCGUGUCACAAAUGAACCCGGAGGACACUGACAAACUUGAAGAGAACACAGAGGACCUGAAGCCUAGAAAACAAGCAUUAACGGACACCUAUAAUGACAAGGCAGACACGGAGUUGGAGUCUUUAAAGGGGAGUGGCACCCGGGACAGUCUGGACAAGUACAUGGACGAAUGCUGCAGACUCAGUCAGGUCCAGCAGUCACAUUCCAACCCUUUGGGGUCAGGACUUGGGUACUUGGAGCACAUCUGCCAGCUUGUUGAGAGAAUCGGCCACCUGCAGGAGACCAACCUUCUGCUUCAGAAGCAGAUCUGUCGCUUGCAGAAGGACUGUGGGAUGGCAAAGACGAAAGAGGACUUCUUCCGACAUCACUGCUGCUGUGGCGCAGCCAGUCUGGCCUUUCAGGACAUAAGUGAGGCUUUGUCACCCGGCGGAACACUCUCUGAUCUGUCAACCAUUCCUGAGGCCACGCGGUACCAGCUCCUUUCAAGCAGGCGAGACAUGAGCAGUUUGACACCUGAAGCUCUGUGGAGAAGAAGCGACCACUUCCACCGUGAUAGCACCGAAGGGCUUUCCACUGUCUAUCGGCCGCUCAGUGACAACCACACAUUGGGUCGAGUCAAAGACCUGGUGAAGAGAACUAAGUUGAGACACCAGAGCAAGCUGGGACUGUCCAGCACCUCCUUGAAGAUGUCCUGUCCACAAUUGUACAGGCCCGAUCCGGGACGAGAGGAACUUGCUGGCAGAAACAGGAACUCCAUGAUUGUCUUGGGACACCACAGCAAAUUGGACAUCCCUUGGCUGCAGUAAAUUCCCAGACCAAGGAGAAAAGACCGACAGUGAUUCAAAACUGGGAAGAGAAAAUGAAACGAAUGAAGACGAGAAAGGAGGAGGAAGUUCAAGCCGAAGCUCCCAGAAAGACGGCUGCUGUGCACGAAAGAAAGAGCCUGCGUAUGAAGGGAAUUUAGUUCGCAUACAUUUCAAACAACCUACAGAGUAACUUUACAUUCUAUUACUUUCAUUUACUGUACGAGCGUGCGUUUACGUUGCAAAAUAAUCCAUUAAAUGUGCAAUAUCCAAUCUUUAUUUAAUAGUAAAAUGAUGUUGUAUAAGAAGAGGGCAUGUUGGCGUGCAUGCAGAUUGUGUGUCAAGACUUGAUAUGGCUCAUCAAAGUUACACAAGAUUAAAACUGGCGGCGACGCUCCUCUUACGUAACAAACAUUUACUCAAAAAAAAAAGGCCUGCCUGUGCUUUUUUCUUCCUGCAAAUUACUUUUCCUCCUACAGUGGAAUCUGUUUAUGUUGAUUGGCUGACUCGUGUCAACAUAAGCGUUUGGCGCCAUAACCAAAACCAAGAGUAGCCACUGCUUGCACAUGUGCUUGUGACUUUGUCCAGAGACAUAAAGGAGAAUGUCUGAUAAUAAAGGAUUUUUGUUUGUU